UGGGUAAACCAUCUUUAUUUUACAUUCUCAUUCUGUGGCCAAGAUGUUCAGACGCUCUUCAAAUGCAACUAAUAUAGAACGAAGAAAUGACAACAAUAAAAACAAUAAAGUUUACUGUAAAUGCAAACAGUCCGGACAUUUCGCGAGGAACUGUAAAGCACCUAGAGAAGUUAAAUCCAAACCACUCGCAGCUGGAAAAAGCCAAAAUACACGCGUCUCCAAACGUACACUCAAAGAAAAGAACCCAAAGAAAGUAGCGUGGAGUGAAGAAGAUGCGACACAUCGCCAAGCACUCGUCAAGUGUGCCAAGGCAUACGCUGAAGCUAGACAGGAAGUACUCUCCAUUCCGAAUACUUCAGUUGUCGGAGACAUACAAUAUGCAGUGUGUCUCCUUAAUCAACAACGUAGAGCUGAAACCUGGCCAGAUCAGUUCGAACCAAAAUACGAUCUCUCAGAGGAGGCCUUAGUUGCGGGCAGAAUCAUGAUGGAAUUCUCAGACUUAACAACAAAAUUACAUCAAGAGCUUAAUUACGAUUUUUAUUGGGCUGUUAAUGAAACCUCAAAAAUUCUUUCAAAAGUUCUGGGAAUGCCAUAUGAUGAUGAUGAUCUUGAAGAUUAUGACCUUGGAGAGUGAUAGCCCUAUGGAAGGUCUAUACACCAAAAAGUGUAUAUCUAUCGAUUCCAACAUUAAAAUUAGUCGAUGAUAAAUAAGUCUAUGGUUAUUAUACGUCAUCACCCGUGCCUCCACAACAUGAAUAUAAUAAUAUAAGGAUUUCGAAAGAAGUAUAAAUACUAUCUUUAGCUUUUG